AAUGGAAAGAGAAGUAGCAAUUAUUUCAAUGAUAUACAUAAACAGAUUAUUAAAUUAUAAUUAAGGCAUAGAAAUAAAUUGUUUGAAUUGGUAGAAAAUCUUAUUUACUGCUUUGGUAAUGGCAUCAAAAAUAUGGGAUGAUGAAUCUUUUGAAAAUAAUAAUUUUGCAAAAGUACUGCCUCAAUUCUCAACUGUAUAAAUAAACGAGAUGGAAAAAGUAUUCUUAAAAUUAAUAGAAUAUCAUCUCUAUGUAAAUUCUGGGGAGUAUGCCAAGUAAUAUUUUAUCUUAAGAACUUAUGCUGAUAAAAAAUAAAGAAGUUAUGCUCUAAAAUAAUUAGAUAUCUCAACGGUUUUAAAAUUACAAAGAGGAGGCUAAUAACAAUUAUCAAAGCAGUAAUAUUUAAAUACUUAAAACAAAAGCUUUUGA